CGCUGUCUCCAGGCUCUCAGCGGCUCCGAGCGCGGCCGGGCAGGCGGCGGUGCGGAGAGGCCGCGGCUGGAGGCAGUGAUUCCCCAAGGUUUCAGAAUAAAGCAAAGAGGAGCUGCCAGUCAAGAGUUCUGUCAUGACUGCUAAUCCAUCUAAGAGACUUGCCUGGAGCGACUCAGUUGCCUUUGAUUCAAAGCACAGGCAAGACCCUGAAGAUUUCCACAAGGUCCACAAGAAGAAAUCAAAAGAGAAGAAAAAGAGUCUGGAAGUUGGUCAGUGGAGAGCAGAUGUACAGUCCCUUGUUUCUUCUUCUGAAUGGCUUCAGCGUUAUGGUCUCAAAAGAAACAAAUUGUCCCUGUCCCAGAUUUUAUCCCAGAUUGGAUUCCAGCACAGGAAAGAUUAUGUGACCACCUUGGGGAAACCUGUGGCUUCUCGAUAUGCAGAUGGUCUGUUUCCUCAGUACAAGAGAGCACAAGAUGGCAGCGUGUAUAAUCUGACAGCCAAAAAAGAACUGAUUCUUCAUUUUGUGGAUUGUCUAAUUGGAGCUAUUGAGCUGUAUGAGCAGCGAAUGGAAUGGUUAACCAGUGAGAGCCGGCAGAUAUUUGGAGUGAUUCAAGAACAGUGCAUUGUCAUUGUGAUGGAUUUUGGCACUGCAGCUCCAACUGAAUUUGAUCUAUGUCGGGAUGCACUUUCUAUGGUGCUUGUGGAACAGGUGAUACAAAUUUCCAGAUUCAACCUCAUUCGGGCUGCUCAGGAUCUCACGAAGUGGCAGCAGAAAUGCACUCCUGUGUCUGAGCGUGCUGUAAAGUCUGCAGUUCGAUGGCUCUGGAGGCUGGAGCGUAUGACAGCUGUCAGCCACAGCAGCUCUGCUGAAGCUCUGCUGGAAGCCAUGGCUGAUGAAGCGGUUGAAGCUGUUUAUUACUUUGCUGUCGGGGAUGUUCCAGUGAACACAAAGCAGCUACUCCUUGAGAAAAUUUCAGAUGUCUCCUGUCCAAUCAACAUGGUGUCUUUCAAUGCUAGGGAAGAUGAAACUAUUAUUUUUCUGAAGGAGUUGAGCCACUUGGCCUCUGGCAGAUUCCAUGCUUUUGCUGAGAAGAAUAACUGUAGAGAUGCUACUGGACCUGCACUAAAAUAUGAAGAGGAUGGAAAAGGAUUAAUUGCCCUGAACUCUGGAAAAGUGAAAGGGAGAAGGCCACUAGUGGCUGGUGUCUGUGAAGAUGUGUUUUUGAUCUGGAAAGAGCUGGAGGAAGCCAAGAGUACAGUGACACAAGUUCAGGAAAUCUUAUCAGAAUCUGACCAAUCUGCUUCUCAAGAUGACAAAGGUGAUCUUCCAUUAUCAAAACAUGUAACUGAUGAAUAUUUGACUUCUGAGAAGUGGUUGCAGACGUAUGGCUUGAAAGCUCAGAAGCUCACACUGUAUGAUGCACUUGCUGAUAGUGUUUUCCACCAUGUAGAUGGGCCUGUUGGCAUAAACACUAAACCAGAGGAUGAAUGUUCACAAACUGAUGCUGAGACAAAAAGAAAGAUAAUUCAUGCAAGAUACUGUGACAAAUUUGUACAUACCCUCUGGAAAGACGGAUCUGUAGUUCAUGUAUAUGUUACUGCAGAAAAGUAUAAGCAGUACAAAGAGAAAAUGAGGACAGCUCUCAGACAAGUGGAAGGAAGGAUUAAGUGGCUUCAGCAAGGAAGCAGAGGGCUUUUUGGGAAUGUGUUUGAAGAUGAUAUCUGUAUUCUUAUUGAUACAUCCCAGUCUAUGAAAAACAAGCUGCCACUAGUGAAGGAAAAAAUAUUUCAGCUAAUGCAGGAGCAACUGAGACACAAGAAGAGAUUUAACUUUGUGAAAUUUAGUGCCCAAGCAGUGGCAUGGCAAGAGAAACUUGUUGAGGUUAAUGAGGAAAAUUUGCAAGAUGCUUGGCUUUGGAUUAAAGGGCUUGAGGUUGGAAGUUCCACAAAUACACUCAAAGCUCUCCAGAUUGCUCUUGCUGAUACUGACACUCAGGCUAUUUAUCUCUUGACUGAUGGGAGACCUGACCAGCCCCCCCAGAUAAUUUUGGCUGAAGUCCAACUUCACUGUAAAAUUCCCAUCCAUACUGUAUCCUUCAACUGUGAUGAUAUAGAAGCCAAUACAUUUUUGUAUGAUCUAUCUACUACAACACAGGGACGGUUUCAUUAUUACAACAUUUAUUUGAGUGAUCCUGAUACUCCAGAGUUUGUUUUUAAUAAAGACAUAUAUCUUUUGAAAAGAGAAAUUGAUCAAGGAGAGAAAGAUCUAGAGAAAGUGAAGACCUUUCAUGAGAAAAGUCUGAUGAUGAAUUCUUAUAGUGAAGAAAAUUAUCCAGACAAUAAGAGUAGGCCGUGCUGUGCUUCAGAAGAGCCAUCAGUGCCAUCACAUGAGCAAACCAGGCAAAGCACCGCUGCCAGUCCAGCCCAAAGAAAGAAAGCAUUAUAUGCAGAUCAAACAAAGUCAAGUCUGCUGCAAUUCCUGAACCGUACUGUGAAAUUUAGGGAAGAAAGCCCAGAGGAAGGAGUGUCUCCAGAGGAAAAGAGUUUUUCUGUCAAAAAGGGUGUGAAAUGUACAACCAUUUUCAAAGGCAAGUUGACAGAACAAGAAGGUCUGACUGGGGAAGAUGAUUUGAAAAUGCAGACUGUGAAAGGGGCAUCUGAAAGCUCUCUAGAUGUCUCUUCAGCUCUUUGGUUAAAGACCCAUGGGUUGGCUGCUAGGAGACUCACCAUCAUGGAUGCAUUAGCUCCUACAACUGUCCUUCACAGUACAAAAUACAUCCCAGUUCUGGACAAGCAUGUGGUUUCUAAAGUAUUUGAUAAGAUGUUACCAUUGGCCCAUGUUAGCAGUGACAAGAAGGAGAUUGCACUAAUUAAUCCUUGGGCAGUGAAUCUUGAUGCCUAUAAAAAGAAGCUGGAACAAGCAAUUAUAUCCUAUGAGAGGCGCCUGAACCUAGUUAUUUGGAGAGCACUCUCUCAGGAGGAAAGAGACAAAUUUGAAGCAGACGGGCCAGUCCCAUAUAUACAGCAUAAAGAAACUUUGCUGGAGGCUUUAGAAAAUUUGGGAUGGCCAGUUUCCUAUGAAGAUGUAAAAUUGUUGGAAGAUGAGAUAUUGACAGCAUUAACAUAUAUACAACAAGCCUCUGAUCUUCAGGAAGCUGUCAAAAAGGAAAUUGAGAAAAGCUCAGUAUCAUACAUAAACAACAAUAAAAAGAGAUUUGAAGAAGAAAAUGGGAAGCUGAAGUCUAAGACAAGACAAAAACAUCAAAUAUUUGUAACUCACAAAAGCCAAAAGGUAAUUGCAAGAUCAGACAUCACAGGAUUUUAUUAUCCAGGAACUGUGAUAAAGAAUAUCAGUUCUACCUGUGCCCUUGUUGACUUCAGCAAUGGGGAGAGCUGUGAUGUCCUUGUCAAGUUCACUAUACCUGUGGGAGGUGCUAUGCCUUGCCCACAUCUGCAGGUUGGAGACUACGUGUUUGCCAGAACCGGGACACGGGCAGAAAAUGAAUGUUAUGUACCUGCCAUUGUCAUAGCAACACCACAGAGGGUGGAGACAGGUGACAAAUUCUACACCGUGCUGCUGUUCAACAAUAGAGAGGAACACUGUAUAAGAAGCGAGCUCAUUAAAAUCAGCCAAACCAAGUAUGCUUAUUCCUGUCAGUACAUAAGAACGAUGCAGACAGUGGAUUAUGAGGUCCUGGAUGCUAAGACUAAAAAGCCCUGCCCUCACUCAGCUGUGGAAGAUGAAGGAGGAGAACAAGCAAGAAAAAGUAUAGUGAAAGAAAAGAGGGGGAAAAAGAAAAAGAAGAGGACAACAGUAGACAAAAGGCAUCCCAGGGAGAUGAUGUCAAACUUGGAUAAUCUUGUCUCCAGAAGUGAAGUAAAACAGAGAGAAAGAAAUUCACUAUCUAGCAAUAAGGAAGAAUGUAAAGAUGUAGCUCUGAAAAAGUGUAAGGAAUUAAACAUUUGUGAGGGCUUUUAGCUAUUCCCAACACAAGGAACAGAUUUCUGCAUUUCUGGGUGUUAGCCAAGUUAGCUUUCCUGUGUCCUAUAUGAUGAAAUUUUUUUACCUCCUUUAGAAACUGUUCUUGACACUUUCUCAGUGUGUGUUUUCACAGCAGCAGCAAGAAAUGAAUAAAGCCCAUUCCAGAAUAUCCCACCUUAAUUUCCCUAACAGUUGUAGUAGCAGUGAGGAUGCAGUAAGACCAAACCUUAACACCUGCUUGUAAGCAGAGCAUUUAUUCCAGUCCCUCUACUGUUUGUUCUUUGUUAGACCAAAGUUAUGUCUAUAUUGUGGGUAUUAAAUGAUUGCACCUGUAGCUCAGUGCUUCAGAGGUUAAAUUGCUUUUGGUGUAUGAGCUGUCUCAAGCUGACAGCAGUACCUACUCCCUGUCACUCUGGAGCAGAGACUGGACUAGUGUAGGCCUGCCAUUAUAUGUAUUUCAGCUCUUCAUUUUCAAGAUCCUACUGUCAGUGGAAAGAUAACGGGAUUUUUAUCCAUAUUUGCUAGGUGUACCUCCUUGUAUCAUUUUAAAUAUGUUUUCAAUGGCCUCAUUAUUUAUUUACUUUCAGAAGUGAUGAGUUAUAAAUUCACUCAAUCAUCAUGUUUUCAAUCAACUUGAUUUAGCUCAUCUGAAUGUUCCUUCUGUGUUCUCUCUCAUCCUUUAAGGAUUGCCUGCAAGUUCCAUAUACAUUGCUUAUAGGGGGAAUUAUGGUCCCCAUUAUAUAAUGGGCAUUUUAAGAGUGGCCUGAUCAGAAUUAUAUGAGAGCAAAGGUGUUGGGCUUGUCCAGUGAAAAACCAUGGUUUCCAAAGGUGGGGCUACAUCGUUGGAAAUUCUCAGUUAUCCUAGACACUUUCCUCUUGGAUAUUUUGAGAUGCAGAUGCUGAGGAAAUGUGAAAUAAUCUUAAUGUGAUCAGCAAGUCCUGUAACUGAUUCCCUGCAGCUUGCAGGAAAGAUUACACCAGAGCAGUGGUUAUCUAUGCAUUUUAAUCCUUCCUAGAUUUAGCAAAUAAUCUCAUAGUAUUCUAACAAGGCUUCAAUGUCAUAUGCAGGUCAAACAUGCUGAAAAAGGUACCUUGUCCUCUUCUUGUGACACCAUAAAUAUUGAAUAUGUUUUUUUUUUUCCCUAAAGUUGAUUUUCAUUUACAUAUCCUUCUGUGUUUUGUCAGAAAGGGAAAAGUCAGAGCUGAUAAAGAUGUUAAGUAACACUGUAUGGUCAUCCUCACAUGGUUUAAUUAGAUACCUCUUUAUCCAAUCUCUCUACGUGACUGAAUAUUUAUCUUCUUUGGGUGUAGAUAGUUGCCCCAUUUUCAUACCAUGCAAAUGUUUCAGAGCACUCUGUGUAAGUUAUAUAAUUUUAUAAGUUAUAUCAAAUGUGCUGCCUGACCCCUGACACACACAUCUUUUUGAACUGUGCUAAUACUGGAUUUAAUUUUAAAGAUUAAGAAUAUGAAGAAAACAAAUUUGCCUGGCUAUUUUUUUCCCAUCUGCUCAACUUCCAAUCAAGUAUGAACUAUUAGUUUACACUUACUGCUUGGCAGUUCAAUAUGUGUUGAGCACCAGUGAGAUUCCCCUAUGCAGGUUAACACUUUUCCUUAGAAGUUGUCAUAUUUGAUUACAUUGAUGUGAGUAGGUGUUAAAUAACAUGGAUGAGGAGUUGGAAAGCCCUGCCAUUCUAAUUAAUUAUUUAGUUAGUCUCUGUGGACCAGGUAUUAAAAAUAUCAGGUGUCUGACAAUGGACUUUGCCUUCAUGGAGUUUUUGUAGUGCUGAAAUAAGGCUGGAUAUUCAAGUCAGGAGCCUAAACUACACAAGUAAGGUAAAACACCCUGUUUUCCUCUUCAGACUCCUGUAUCACUCUGAAGUCUCAAAUAUUGCCUUUCAUAUGCUGGACACACCAGUGUUCAUCAGAGUGAUCCCUUUCCAGGUUUUCCUAAUUACUUCAUUAUUUCUGCACUGUUUAUAUCAAAGGCAGAUUUUUUUUCCA